GUUUCUCAGGUAACAAAAUUACGCAAAGAGCUCAAUGAGUUGAAAAAGAAAACCGAGUCCUGCUCGAUUGAUACAGCAUUGAUGGCUUUACAGGCUUUGGUGGGUCGUUCACCGGCCCUGUUUGAUUCCUAUGCCGAGAUUGCAGCUCUUGAAGAGGUAGUUGACUUAGCACAGAAGUAUGCGGAGGAGCGAUACUCGAGUAAUCAGAUAAUCCUUAGAAAGUGUCGCCCCCUGGGGGCAGACGCAUCCUUACAGAAUAUCCUGAUCAAAUUAGUGGCCUCGAAGGAGGAAGCUGAGAUUGCUAGGGUAAUCAAGAAGGCGAGAAAGUCAAGCCGAGCAGAGGAAAGUUUUUCACCGCCUGUUACAGCUGGGAGAACAAGGGGACCCUCAUAUGGAUACCGAAGAGGUCGUGAGUCCCGAAGAUGCUAG